AUGCAAUCCUCCACUGAUCCUGGGCUGCCUUUGCCCAAAUACUGCAGUGUGGCCCGGAUGCUGAAGGCCACUGACUUCAACUGCGCUGCUCUUCCCUGGGACCUCUCCUUCACUUGUCCCUUCGCCCUGCAGGCGCCCCAGCUCCCCAGGCACUACACUCUCACAAGGAAAGAUUCUUAUCAUCCUGGUCUCCACAUUGCUGACUCAGCACAACAGAGGCUCAGCCAGCCUGGAGAAAUUGGAGACGCUGCUGGCACCUGGGUCCUGGCAAGAAGGUACCCUGAUGGCUUUUAUUACCUGGCUCAGAUAAAAAGCACUCCAGAGGUGGAGAGGCGAGGGGCCCUGGUUGUGAAAUUUGAGGCUCCCUUUGCCACAGGCCCAAAGCUGCAAGCCCAGUGGCAGAGUAUAGUAUUAGAAGAAGAUGUCAUUCGACUCUCACCAUCUGUGGGAUACUCAGUGCAACCUGGGGACAAGGUGCUGGCUUGCUGGGGGCCAGACCGACAGCGGUAUGGCCCUGGCACUGUUCUCUCAGGCUUGGAGAUGAGAGGAGGCUCACAGAGAGUAUCACAGGAAGAAGAAAUCAUUGUUUACUUCUGGAAUGGCAUGACAGCUAAAGUGCCUGUAGAUGGGGUCAAGCAAGUACCCCUCACAGUCUGGAAGAAGGCCAUGGAGAGGCUGUAUAAGCCUUGUAUGAGGGAAUACCCCGAACCCUUCUGGGCCCCUUGCUGUUCCCUGCUGAGGCCGGUCCCUGGAUGCCUCACCAAUGGGCCUCCUGCAGACACUCUGUUUCUGUGCCCUUCAUGCCACCCCCGUGCCUGCUGCCAGCAACUGUACCAGGGUUGCCUUUGCCAGUGCCCCUUGGCAGGCCCUACCUGGUGGCCUCUAACUAGGACGUCGGAGAUCACAGCUAGAGAAGUCCCAGAAUCAGAGCUGAAGCCCACAGCACAGCUCUUAUCUCUAGAGAGUCCCAAAGAUGAGGCAGAAGCAGAGUAUGCUCCCAUGGCUCUUCUGUCCUUGUCUUCUUCUUCCAUUGAAGAAGAGGAUUCUGAGAAUAAUCUGGAGACAGGCCUUUCCCAGAGACUCAUGGUAAACAGAGCAGUCAACACUGACUCCAUCCUUCCUGCCAAGUCUGUGAGGCAAAGUGGCCCCUGCCAGCCCCCAUGGAGGUACUGGAGAAGAAAUGGGCCUGAGCCAGGUUUGGGGAAACCAGGAACAAGACAUUAUAAUAUCUGAAAAGAAGAGAGGCACAAAAAGGAAGUGGUAGUGGGAGCUUCACAAGAGCUAGUCCUGAAAGCAACUGUAUAA